GCCACGCGCUUGACCCUUCGCGACAUGCAGUUGAAUGGCAUUGUGACCAAUCAGACGCGCGAGCUUGCCAUCGACUUUGUUGCCUACAACGGCAACAUAGACGCCUUCUUCUAUGUUGCAGUGGUCUUUCAAUUCACGACUAGUGGUUUCGUCGAGAAGGACAUACACGUGGAUACCAUUAAGCUACCAGACAUCCGCAGUGGCAUGUUCGCCUUGCGCCUUUUCCUCGAGAUUGUCGUGAUCGUCUUUACAAUCUCCCGACUGGCCCUGGCUCUGAGGGGGGUAUACAGGGCGACUUUGGGUGGCAUCCGCAAGGGCAAGGCGAGCAAGUUUGGGGAGAGGCUGUUCAUUGUCCUCCAGGUGAUUGCCUUCCGGGUCCUCGGCAAUCCAUUUGUUCUGCUCGACUUCCUGAGUGGCAUAACGACAAUCGUGACAUUGGUGAUGUGGUAUUCUUACGUCUUGCUGGAUUUGACACAGUCGUUCUUCUUUCCAGAGACGCCUGUUUGGACUCCAGCUCAGUGUGCGGAGAUGGGUCUCUGCAGCGACGCGGAC